UCCCCACCCCCAACAAGCACGGACACAGCUGGGGUGUUCAAAGCCACAGGCCAGAUCCAACCAACACAGGAGGCCACUGCUUUCCUGCCUCAAUUUCCCCUCUGUGUAGCUGUGCACUGGGGCUGGUCCUCAGAGGACCAGGGUCCUUCCAGUGACUGAGAGGACGGAAGGUGAAGCCCUGAGGGGUCACUGACAGUCCUGCCCACUGGCCGGGGCGGGGGGAGAGGCCGAUCUUGGAGAUCCCCGCCCGCUGGUUUCCUCCGGGGUCAGCCUGGCUCCUUAUCAGUCUGGGCCAGGCGGCCAGGCCCUUAUCUGCGCUGGCCCAGCAUCCUCCAGCCACUGCGCCAGGGGUAAGAGGGAGGAAACCGGCCACUGGGGGGGUAGGGGGGAGGAGGCGGGGAGAGGGCGGGCCAGCCGGCCCCUGAGCCGCUUACUUUUCCUCGAGGGACCCAGGCUGCUGCCACCACCGAGGCCCCAAGGCCCUUGAGAGCCCAGAAAGAAGUGAAGCCCAGACAGAGUGGCUGGCUGCCUGGGGUAGAGUGGAGAGGCUGGAGAGAGCAGGGCCAGGGAGCCUGGCCUGAAGCUGGAGCCAUAUUCCUGCCCUGACCGACAGAGCCAGGGGAUUCAGCAGGCAGCAGGACCAGCGCUGGGGUGAGCACCCCCUCGGGGUCCAUGUGCCCGCCCCAAGCCCAGGCAGAGGUGGCCCCCACCAUGACUGAGAAGGCUGAGAUGGUGUGUGCCCCCAGCCCAGUGCCUGCGCCACUCCCCAAGCCUGCCUCCCCUGGGCCCCCAAAGGCAGAGGAGGUGGGCCACCAAGGUGUCUCAUCCCCCAGGCUGCCCCCUGGUGUCCCGGUGAUCAGCUUGGGCCACACGAGGCCCCCAGGGGCAGCCAUGGCCACCACAGAGCAGAGUGCCCUUCGGCCCCCAGUGCUGCAAUUCUCCGCCCUGGGAAGUGCCCCAACCCCUCUGGCCCUGCAUUACCAUCCUCACCCCUUCCUCAACAGCCUCUACAUUGGGCCGGCAGGACCUUUUAGCAUCUUCCCUAGCAGCCGGCUGAAGCGGAGACCGAGCCACUGUGAGCUGGAGCUGGCUGAGGGGCAGCAGCCCCAGAAGGUGGCCCGGCGUGUGUUCACCAACAGUCGCGAGCGCUGGCGGCAACAGAACGUGAACGGCGCCUUCAUGGAGCUCAGGAAGCUGCUGCCCACGCACCCUCCCGACCGGAAGCUGAGCAAGAACGAGGUGCUCCGCCUGGCGAUGAAGUACAUCGGCUUCCUGGUGCGGCUGCUGCGAGACCAGGCGGCCGCUCUGGCAGGAGGCCCGGCCCCGCCUGGGCCCCGCAAACGGGGGGCGCACCGAGGCCCGGACGACGGCGCCCGCCGGGGGCCUUGCCACCCGGUCGAGGCGGUGGUGCGCCUGCAGCCCGCAACCUCGGCCUGCCCCAACGGCAGCCCCGUCGGGGCGGCCCGCCCCAUCAAAACGGAACAAGCGGCUGUGAGCCCAGAGGUGCGGUGACCUCCAUCGCCUCUGAGCCAUGAAGGGCAUGGGAACUCAGCCCUGGGCCGUCGAGGAAGGGGCGGACCACGCACCACGCGCACUGCGCUUAUUUUGGAGCGAGGUCGCCCGUAGAGGGACCUGUGAGGACUUCCCUUGGGGGAAAUGGCCAGGGAUCUGGAAGGGCGGGCGACCAGAGGGUCUGGAAGGAACCCUGCAGACCCUCUUAUCACCCACCGCCCGCUGGAAGCCGCCUCGCCCACCUCCUCCUCCCGCAGGCGAGGUCCAGGAACAUCAACAUGGCAGAGCGGCCGUCG